UGCAACCUGAAAGAGGAUUUUUCUAUGCUGACUUCUUAAGUGGAACAAACUUUAUAUAUUGGGUACACUUUAGCGCACCGGAUGAAAACGGGAUCAUUACCCGCCUGAAAGAUGGUACCAUUGAAUUAGAAAAUAUGUUAUAUGGAAGUUUCUUUUACACAAUUCCCACAUUAGGCGGUGGUGAUUUUGGAAUUGUUAUUGUAAAUUCCACAAUAUCCUAUGAAAUUCCCGUCGAUGGCAACCUUGACCCUCUACAUAAACAAUUACAAACGUAUGCAAUCUUUAUUUCUCAAACAACUUAUGAACAACGUGGUCCCUAUUUACUGCAUAAUUUUGGAGCUACCCCGGCUUUAUCACUAAGGGAACUUACUUGUGGAAUUGACUAUUAUGAGUUGAAUUAUAAUUGCUUCCUAGUG